AUUCAAUUCCUUUCCAGUAAUCGAUAUACCAAAGACUAUUCUUUCUUGCGUGCCCUAUGGUGGUCUAGCAUCUACAGCUCGUAGUUAUCUUUCACUAAGCCUCAAGCCCCAAGCCCCGUGCCCCAAAGUGGUCUGAGUUCUGCAACCUUGCCAUCAUAAUGUCCUUCUUCUCUGUGCUCUUCUUCGUCCUUGUCGCUCCGUUAGUAUUCGCAAACACGUUGCAAUACAAGCUUCACCACCGAUUCGUGCCUGUUCAAGCUAGCGCAGGAUCGCCGCCAUCUUUCAGUCCGUUGGGCCAUCUCGUUCUGUCAUCAGCAGAAGACGGUUCACCAAUCAACCCUCAGAUUAUUCCACUGAGUACGACCGCACAGGUAGAGCCGCAAGAGACGGCUGAUAGUGCAGGGUGGUAUCAAGUGGGGUUACAGGUGAAAGAAGGCGAUAGUGAUGACGAUAAAGACUGGUUGAUUGCCAGUACCCGUGCUAGCUACUUGGCAGGCCCUCUGUUGGUCAAGUUGCACAUGGAGGGUACUCAAUUAGUUUCCCUUUCGGUGCACCCUUUGACUUCUCGAUCUUAUGAUGAUUCAUUAUCCACUGUGUCCCUGCCACAAGACAUCUCUAUUUUCCAAUUAACGAUCAUGGACUCACAGAAAACAAGACCACCUCCGAUGGGCACUUCCAUGAUGAUCGAUAAUGAUACAGGCGCUCCUGUCACGCCUCCCCCCGAAAAAUCAUUUCUUCAGAAAUACUGGAUGUACAUUGUAGGCAUCGCGCUUUUCUUUGCCGCACAGAUGGGGCCUGAAGAACCUCGUAAUCAAAAUAAAGGCGGAAGCGGGAAAUGAAGCUUUUCAAAGCUUCACCCCAGCAAAAUAUCUUUUUAUAUCCCCACUGAAAUGCAUGACAGGUAUCGCUACUGGAUUGACUGCUCGUAUGACCUG